AUGCCGUUGGCUCCCAAGUUCCGCACAUACGACCGCCAACAACCUACUUAUGAAACUAAGAACCCUGUGCCUCUGGGCUCGUUUGGGCCGGCAGUCCGCUUGCCUCUGGGUAGAAUUGUUCUUGGAAGAUCAGGCGCUAAAUGUAGUGACUGCAAUGCCGGCUUCUUCGUCCAUCAUGACAACGAAUGGGACUGGCUGGGCGGUUUCCUGACGGUGGCCAAGAUCCGCGAGCUCCUGGGAUUUGAGGAGGACAAGGGUAGGCUGAUUGAUCAGUUUGAGAUGCCCAACAUUCGGGCGGUUCACUUCCUGCUCCAUGACCAUCUGGACCGCGGAUACGAUGCAUGCAUGGCAGUGGUUAGAAGGACGAACUGUCAUGAUGUGGGUGGGGUGGGGGAUGAUGGGAAGAAGGAAAAGACACAGAUCAAUAAAUAG